AUGGCAUCCGCCAGGCUAUCGCCAACGGCGAACCUACUGCGCAAGUCGCGUUUAUUCGCACUUCCUAAGUCUCUCAAGGUUCCCGCGGACCAAGCGACGUCGAGAGCUGUUUACGAUUCCGACUCCGCAACUCUGCCUCACCCGAUUCGAGCCUCCAUCGUUACCCCGGGUUCAUCAUUAGCCCGAGGCGAUUGGGGUCUCAAGCGACCUCUACCUGCUAAAGCAACCUCAGAGAAAUCCUCGAGACCUGUUGUCAGGGUCCACGCUCUCGACACAUUCGAACAUGUCACCGACUUCGAAUCCGCCGCGGAUCACACGAUGACCCUCGAGAAGUUCCAGGAGUUGCACAUGCCCAUGUCUCUUCCCUCCAGAGUCAACUAUGCGACAAACGUGGUCCCCAGACACCAGAGUCCAUUCGAAACCCACCUUGAUAACACCGAGACGAGCCAGGGUCUCAAGGAAACUGGUGCCAAACAAUUCAGACACACCGGUCCUUGGCUCGCCGGACAAACGGACGCGGAGUUCGCUUCUUACCUGAAACAAGUGUCUAACAGGAAGCCCGAGCUUCUCCAGAAGCUUCGUGAACAAUUCGUUGCCAAGCGUUCUGCUGAGCUUCGCAAACAGGCACAGGACAACGGAGAGGACUUUGCCGCUGGACCCAUGAAAAUCACCGAUGAGGAGUUCAACACUUAUAUCAAAACUUUGCGCAAUGAUCCAUUUGCUCUUGGCCCGGUUGUUUUCGAUCUGCUUGACCUCUCUUCGCCCCCAGCCGUUCCCAGUGAGCGUAUUGGACACAAGUACUACCAAGCUCCCCCAACCAAUCUGGCCUCAUCCGAAUACGCCAUUUCUGGACCUCCUAAGACCCACCCGUCUGCCGGUCUGUCCUACGCGCGAUCACACGCUCUGAUUCAGAACCAUCCCAAGUUCGGUCCCCAGGCCUACCAGCGCCCCGUGGAGGCAAGAAUCCUGCGCCCCAAGGGCCGUUUCAAGGGUAAGAUGUCUCGUGCCAUCGCAGGUAUCGGUGGUAUUGCCGUGGAAGACUUGAACGCCAUGGCAUUCGUUGAGCAGGGCACACCUCCUGGUCUUACUUCCUUCGACGCGUCCAUUCCAGGUGGCGGCAAAUACUGGGUGUCUCCCAUUCGCGCAGCCAUCGAUUCCAACGGCCGGAUUAGCCUUUCAUCUUACCGCGCCAGCGCCACUGCCAAGGCGCCUUACGGAAUUGAAGAGCACAAGAAGGAGUACCCCAUUUUCAUCUCGGACGUUGCCGAUUCUUCAUCUCAGACGGUCCCACGAUUGGACAGACAGCCCUUCGGUCAGCCUCGGUUCAACCCUGCCAGUGAUAGGCAGCCAAGGGGGCCAAUUAGGGGAACAGAGGAUAUCGCCCGCAGCCUUCUCGACAACCUCAACUCUAAGUCAUAA